AUGCAAUUGAAAAACAAGCAGGAGAAGCAAGUGGUGCGGGAGCUCAAUGGCAACAACAUCACGCGGAUCAACAAGAAUGACUUCGCUGGGCUGAAGCAACUCCGCGUCCUGCAGCUGAUGGAAAACCAGAUCAGCACGGUGGAGCGUGGGGCAUUUGAUGACAUGAAGGAGCUGGAGCGGCUACGGCUGAACCGCAACCAGCUGCAUACCCUGCCUGAGCUCCUCUUCCAGAACAAUCAGGCACUGUCGCGGCUGGACCUGAGUGAGAACUUCAUCCAGGCUAUCCCCAGAAAAGCUUUCCGUGGGGCCACUGAUCUCAAGAACCUGCAGCUGGACAAGAACCAGAUCAGCUGCAUUGAGGAUGGGGCUUUCCGUGCCCUGCGGGGGCUAGAGGUCCUGACUCUGAAUAACAACAAUAUCACUUCCAUCCCCGUGUCCAGCUUCAACCACAUGCCCAAGCUGCGGACGUUCCGCCUGCACUCCAACCACCUCUUCUGUGACUGUCACCUGGCCUGGCUCUCGCAAUGGCUGCGCCAGCGCCCUACCAUUGGGCUCUUCACCCAGUGCGCUGCUCCAGCCCAGCUCCGUGGCCUCAACGUGGCUGAGAUCCAGAAGAAUGAGUUCAGCUGCUCCGGACAAACGGACCCGGCACGUGCCCAGCUCUGCAGCUUGUCCUCUGGCUCCUGCCCGGCCAUGUGCACUUGCAGCAAUGGGAUUGUGGACUGUCGAGGCAAGGGGCUGACGGCCAUCCCUGCCAACCUGCCCGAGACCAUGACAGAGAUACGCCUGGAGCUUAAUGGCAUCAAGUCCAUCCCCCCAGGUGCCUUCACCCCCUACAAGAAGCUGCGGAGGAUAGACCUGAGCAACAACCAGAUCUCAGAGAUCGCCCCUGACGCCUUCCAGGGGCUGCGCUCGCUGAAUUCCCUGGUGCUGUAUGGCAACAAGAUCGUCGACCUCCCCAAGGGCGUCUUCGGGGGACUGUUUGCCCUGCAGCUACUGCUUCUUAAUGCCAACAAGAUCAACUGUGUGCGGGCAGAUGCCUUCCAGGACCUGCAGAACCUCUCGCUGCUCUCGCUCUAUGACAACAAGAUCCAGAGCCUGGCCAAGGGCACCUUCACAUCCCUGCGGGCCAUCCAGACCCUGCACCUGGCCCAGAACCCUUUUGUCUGUGACUGCAACCUGAAGUGGCUGGCGGACUUCCUCCGCACCAACCCCAUCGAGACCAGUGGUGCCCGUUGCGCCAGCCCCCGGCGCCUGGCCAACAAGCGCAUCGGCCAGAUCAAGAGCAAGAAGUUUCGCUGCUCAGCCAAAGAGCAGUAUUUCAUCCCAGGGACAGAGGAUUACCAGCUGAACAGUGAGUGCAACAGCGAUGUCAUCUGCCCCCCGAAGUGCCGCUGUGAAUCCAAUGUAGUCGAGUGCUCCAACCUGAAGCUCACCAAGAUCCCGGAGCGCAUCCCACAGUCCACGGCCGAGCUACGCUUGAAUAACAAUGAAAUCUCUGUCCUGGAGGCCACCGGCAUCUUCAAGAAACUCCCACAUCUAAAGAAAAUCAACCUCAGCAACAACAAAGUGUCAGAGAUUGAGGAUGGAACAUUCGAGGGGGCAUCCUCAGUCAGCGAGCUGCACCUCACCGUCAACCAGCUGGAGUCUGUGCGGAGCGGCAUGUUCAGGGGCCUGGACGGACUGAGAACCCUGAUGCUGAGGAACAACCGCAUCAGCUGCAUCCACAACGACAGCUUCACGGGGCUGCGCAAUGUCCGCCUGCUCUCCCUGUACGACAAUCAGAUCAGCACCAUUGCACCGGGUGCCUUCGACACGCUGCAGUCCCUCUCCACGCUGAACCUGCUCGCCAACCCCUUUAACUGCAACUGCCAGCUGGCCUGGCUGGGGGACUGGCUGCGCAAGAGGAAGAUCGUGACGGGGAACCCGCGGUGCCAAAACCCCGACUUCCUCCGGCAGAUCCCACUCCAGGACGUGGCUUUCCCCGACUUCAGGUGUGAGGAAGGUCAGGAGGAGACCAGCUGCAUCCCCCGGCCCCAGUGCCCACAGGAGUGCACCUGCCUCGACACCGUUGUCCGCUGCAGCAACAAGCACCUCAAGGCCCUGCCCAAGGGGAUCCCCAAGAAUGUCACAGAGCUUUACCUGGAUGGAAACCAGUUCACUCAGGUCCCAGGGCAGCUCUCUACCUUCAAGUACCUGCAGCUUGUUGAUCUGAGCAACAACAAGAUCAGCUCCCUGAGCAACUCCUCCUUCACCAACAUGAGCCAGCUCACCACCCUGAUCCUCAGCUACAACUCCCUGCAGUGCAUCCCCCAGCUGGCCUUCGAGGGCCUCCGCUCCCUCCGACUGCUGUCUCUCCAUGGCAAUGACAUCUCCAGCCUGCCUGAGGGCAUCUUCGCAGAUGUUACCUCCCUGUCCCACCUAGCCAUUGGGGCCAACCCCCUGUACUGCAGCUGCAACCUGCGCUGGCUCUCCAGCUGGGUCAAGACAGGGUACAAGGAGCCAGGCAUCGCCCGCUGCGCUGGGCCCCCUGACAUGGAAGGCAAGCUGCUGCUCACCACCCCUGCCAAGAAGUUCGAGUGCCAAGGCCCGCCCUCCCUGAGUGUCCAGGCCAAGUGCAACCCCUGCCUCUCCAGCCCCUGCCAGAACCAGGGCACCUGCCACAAUGACCCUCUCGGCUUCUACCGCUGUGCCUGCCCCAGUGGAUACAAGGGCAGAGACUGUGAGGUGGCGCUCAGUGGUUGCUCCUCCAACCCCUGUGCCAACGGGGGGUCCUGCCAGCCCCAGGAUGGGGAAGGAGCUGGGUUCAGGUGCCUGUGCACAGCGGGCUUCGAGGGCCCGAGCUGCCAUGCUGCCAGAGACCCCUGCAAGGAGCACAACUGCGAGAACGGGGCCUCCUGCGUGCCCAGUGCCACCAACUACACCUGCCUGUGCCCUGCCCACUACACAGGGGAUUUCUGUGAGCAGCCACUGGAUUUCUGCUCGGCCGAGCUCAGCCCAUGCCACCAUGGCUCCACCUGCAUCUCCACCAGCCAGGGGCCCAGGUGCGAGUGUGCGCCCGGCUACGUGGGGAGCAACUGCAGCGAGGACUUCGACGACUGCCAGGACCACCGAUGCCAGAACAAUGCCCGCUGCCUGGAUGAGGUGAACGGCUACUCCUGCCUCUGCACUGAGGGCUACAGUGGCCAACUCUGUGAGAUGCCACCCCGUGCCACUGGCCAGCCUGGCCUCUGUGAGCGAGCUGAGUGCCAGAAUGGGGCCCCGUGCGUGGAGCGGGGUGCCCGUGCCCUCUGCCAGUGCCUACCAGGCUUCGGUGGCCCCAAGUGUGAGAAGCUUCUGAGUGUCAACUUCGUGGACCGUGACACAUACCUGCAGUUCACUGACCUGCAGGACUGGCCUCGGGCCAAUAUCACCCUGCAGGUCUCCACAGCUGAAGGCAAUGGUAUCCUGCUGUACAAUGGCGACAGUGACCACAUGGCUGUGGAGCUGUACCAGGGCCAUGUCAGGGUCAGCUAUGACCCCGGCACCCACCCCAGCUCAGCUAUCUACAGCGCCGAGACUAUCAACGAUGGGCAGUUCCACACCGUGGAGCUGGUGACCUUUGACCAGAUGGUGAACCUCUCCAUUGAUGGUGGCAGCCCCAUGACCAUGGACAACUCGGGCAAGCACUACACACUGAACAGUGAGGCCCCCCUCUACGUGGGAGGGAUGCCUGUGGACGUCAACUCGGCCGCCUUCCGCCUCUGGCAGCUCCUCAACGGCACCAGCUUCCACGGAUGCAUCCGCAACCUCUACAUCAACAAUGAACUGCAGGACUUCACCAAGACGCGGAUGACGCCAGGGGUGGUGCCAGGCUGCGAGCCCUGCCGCAAGCUCUACUGCCUGCAUGGCAUCUGCCAGCCCGCCGGCGCGCAGGGCCCCGUCUGUCACUGCGAGCCCGGCUGGGACGGGCCCCACUGCGACCAGCCCCGUGGUGGCCCCUGCCAGGGGCACAAGUGUGUGCACGGGCUGUGCCUGCCCCUCGACGCCCUCUCCUACAGCUGCCAGUGCCACGAGGGCUACCAGGGUGCCCUCUGCAACCAGCCCACCGAGCCUCCUGACCCCUGCGACCGCCGGCCCUGCGUCCAUGGCCACUGCCGCCUCACCCCGGGCGGCCAGCCCACCUGUGAGUGCCACAGCGGCUAUGCUGGAGCCCUCUGCGACCAAGAGCCAGAGUGCCGAGGAGAGCCGGUAAGGGACUACCACCAGGUGCAGCGGGGCUAUGCCAUCUGCCAGACAACACGGCCGGUGGCCUGGGUGGAAUGUCGGGGGACCUGCAUCGGCCCCGGUGCCGGCUGCUGCACUGGGCUGCGGCUCCGGCGCAGGAAAUACGCCUUCGAGUGCAGCAACGGCGCGACCUUCGUGGAGGAGGUGGAGAAGCCCAGCAAGUGCGGCUGCAGCCAGUGCCUGUGAGCGGCCACUGGCCCCACAGAGCUGGGGGGCUGGCGGGGAGCCCCACCAAGACAAGGACCUCGCUUUGCCCUGCGGCCACGGUGCUGCUGUCUGGGUGCUCCUGAACUGCAGCCACACCAGAGGAGCCCAGCGGAGGGUAGAGCUGUUGCAUCUAGAGCAUUGGGAAAAAAAAAAAAAAAAAAAAACCCCCAGAACCCCCACCCCCCCCAAACAAAGCAAAUGUGUAGAUAGAGAAUUUUUUAAGAACUGCAGCUACACAGAUGUGUGGAUAGAGGGCGGGCACUCUGCCCAGCUGUCCCUCAUCCCCUCCCUGCAGUGCUCUGCCUUCCCCCCAGCACAACCCAGAGCCAUGGAGGGCAGCGCCUGUGUCCCCCUGUGUGUCCCCUCCCUGGCAGCUCCAUCCCUGCAUCCAGCCCAGCGAGCUGGGGGCUUUUCCAUCACCUGGGGCUGGAGCAGAGAGGCCUGACACGGCAGAGCCUUAUGGGCCAUGGCAAGCCAUGGCUGGCAGAGGGCUGUGCAGUGCAGCUGGCCUCCCAUGGUCCUGGCAAGCCCAGUGCCUGUCUUCCCCUCCUUUCCUCUGGCAGCUAUGGAUCUGCCAUCACCCCGAUGACAGCUGCAGCAAGUGGCUCCCCAGUGCGAUGGUUGGGGCACCCCAAGUGUCCUAAAUCCACAGUCACAGCCUGCCCCGUUGGUGGCCCCCCCAGGCUCUGCUUGCUGUCUGGGCUCUGGGGAGCACAGACCACGGCUCCAGCCCAGUGUGUUGGUGCUGGGGCCAUGCUGGGUGCAGCAGGACGAGGGUGGUCCCCAGGUGUGCUGAGCAGGGGCAUGGGCAGUGGGGUGCAGAUAUCUUCUGGGGUCCAAGCGCUAGUCCUGCCCUGUGCCACGGCCUACAGCACUGUGUCAUUAACGUGGAAGGGGCCUUGAAUGCCACCAUGACAGCCAGGUGGCUCUGCUCAGAAGUGGGAGCUGCACGGGGCAGCACAAGAUCCCCUUUCCUGCAGGAUCAGCCCUGGGGGGGGCUCUGCAGCUGAGCAGAGGUGCCCCGUGGGCCAGCGAGCCAGGUCAGGAGGCUGCUGGGACAGGCAGGGUGCGGGUUUGCCGUGCCCAGUGUCAGAACUUGAGCCUUGUGGGUGCUGAGGCCAGUUGAAGAGGCUGAAGGUGCCCAAGCCUGCACGCCUGGAGCUGACACCAGUGCCAGAGCAGGUCCCACUAGCUCCUGGACUCGGGUGCCAGUGCCCAGGCAGCACCCCACAAAGCCCACACUGAAUGGGCUGGGCUGGCAUGGGAGCAGGGGCAGCACCACUGCCAUCACAGCGCGGGGAGGCUGUGCAGGGCACCGCGCACACCUGACCUUCGCAGCAGCAUCGCUUCUAUGCCUGUGGGAGCCAAGGAUGGUGGAAGUCUGACCUGGGACACUGCACAUGGCUGGACAGCGUGUCACUACGUCAGUUGAGUGGACAAACUCAAACUCAUCCCAGGGCUGCGGCCCCGGGUCUCUUCAUCGUACUCCUCCAGCACAUCAGCUUCAGGUCCGCACAGCCGGCUGUGGCUGGGCUCCGGGUGUCUCCGCUGGGUGCAUCUGGCUUCACAGGUGCUGUCGCCGUCCCUGCUCAUCAUUUGUAUCUGGGACAUUCCCACCACCACGGGGAUGUGUUUCUGCCACAAAUGGCCUCUCCACAGGAGCCCCCUCUGCUGCACAGAGGAGCCGGGACGCAUCUCAUUUUGCCCAUGGCCCGGCUGGGGCUUGGUUGUGUUGUGUUUCUGUUCUUGCUGUAAGCUAACCGCUAAAGUAUCUCUUUAUACAGAAUACUUACAGAUUCUAAUAUAUAUUUGUAUUUCAUUUUGUUAUAGUAUUUUUAUAUGUUUGGGGUCAACAAAUGAUGUUUUCUUUUUGUUUACAGAUGCUACUGGGCAGGAAAAUGACGGUGGCUUUGUUUGGCCCGUGGGGUUUGUGUGUGUCACUGUUGAAGACGCUGGUUUGUACUAGGCUGGUGAGGGAGGCACUGAGCAUCCUUCCGCUGGCAGAGGCUGUAUUGUUUUAGGAGAUGUUUGGUAUUGUCUAUGUUGUCUUCCAUGUGAACAUGACAUUUAUUCAUUCAGA